AGUUUAUCUAGUUUUCUGUUGUUACUUCCUAUUUAAAAGUCGCUGUAAGCAUCAACACUUUCACUUUCAUUCUAUUGUUUGUAGUAGCUUGUUAUGUAAAUAAAAUGGACUUCGGACUUAUGGUACCACCAAAGAUCCCAGAGGAGCACCUCAGCGAAAUUAUAAAAGCCGUGCAGUCUAUCGGACCGGAGGAAAUCGCUAACCAGUUCAUAACUAGUCUGGAAGUGUUCAAUCGCUUUAAGGUUGACAUUGCUGUGACAGGAGAUUCAGGAUCAGGGAAAUCUACACUUAUUAAUGCUCUGCGUGGACUGGACAGUGAUGCUAAAGGAGCUGCACCAACAGGAGUUGUUGAGACCACCAUGGUCCCUGCCAUUUAUCAGUAUCCACAUCAUCCUAGUUUAAGACUGUAUGAUCUGCCAGGAAUGGGCACACUCAAUUUUACCUCAAAAUCCUAUGUAGAGAAAAUGAACUUUGACCUCUAUGACUUGUUCAUUGUUGUGAUUUCUGAGCGAUUCAGAGAAAAUAACACACUUCUGAUUGAUGAAAUACAAAAACGACAGAAGCAUUUUUUUGUUGUUAGGACAAAAGUGGACAAUGAACUGCGUUCCCAGAGUAAAAAACAAAACUUUAACAAAAAUGAUGCCUUGAAACUAAUGGAACAAGACUGUUUGAAAUAUUUAAACGAGAAAAACCUCAAAUCUGAAGUAUUUUUAGUGUCAGCACAUGACCCCCAGAAUUACGACAUGCCAAAAUUUAUUGACACCCUUCAGAAAACAGCCCUGGAACUCAAACGAGAAAUCUUUAUCAGCUUCUUGGACAGUUUGUUUAAGGGAAAUCACAGGAAAGCAAUGACCAUCAAGAACCAUGCUUUUGAGACUGACAAACUCAGAGAAGAAGACCUACAAGAGCUGGAAAAGUUCAGCAGAGGUUCUAACUUUUCAGAUAAGACUAAGGCACUCAGCAUUGUGCUGGAGACUCUGGAUCACUUUCAGCUAGAUGUUGCUGUUUUAGGUGAAACGGGCUCAGGUGGAACCACUUUGGUAAAUGCCAUAACAAGAGAGCAGAAUGGUGCCAGAGUUCCAGCAACAAGUCCUCACUACCCACAUGUCAGAUUCUGGUCUGUAUCAGGAGUAGAGUGUAUUAUGGAAAACUCCUUAAUGGAAAUGAAAGAAAUUAUGGAUCCGUUUGAUUUCUAUUUGAUUUUAAUUACAGAUUGGCAGAAAACACACCACAUAGAGCUUGCCAGAGCUGUAAGAGAGUUAAGAAAGCACUACCAUUUUGUCCAGACUAAGAUUGACUGCUAUUUGCAGCUGCUAGCAGAUUUGGGUUGUCCUGAGACUGAGAUUCUAGAUGGGCUUCGAGCACAGUGUUCUGAAGAGCUUUGUAAAGCUAGAAUUGAGAAAUCACAGCUGUUUCUCAUAAAUAGCUUGGAUAGAAAGGCUGUUGAUUUUGUCAGUCUGGAAAGUGUAUUGUGUAGUGACUUGGAUACUAUAAAGAUCAGCGCUUUUGCUUAUUAUGUAGCUAAAAUUGUGAAACAGAUAUUGUAGCUGCUAAAGAAAAAACAGUUCUAGUAGUCAGAUAUUUUUUAAAAGUGGUUAAAUGCCUUGGAUGGACAAUUUUAAUUAUAGAACUGUAAACCAGAGAUGUUCACAAAUCACAAAAUACGAGUCUGAGUCGAGUCAUGAGUCUUUAAGCUAGAGUCCGAGUCAAGUCACAAGUCUUUAGACUAGAGUCUGAGUCAAGUCACGAGUCAAUAUAAUAUACACAAAACAAAUAUUGGAAAUGUAGCGUAGAAAUAAACAAAUAAUAUGUAAGUUCAGAUAAAAAACAACAACAGAUUAGCGACUGUAUUUUGCCGUUUUACUUUGUGCCUUUACUUUUACUGUCUUAAACUGCCAUUUUGUUUUCAUUGCAAAUUACGGCACAGCGGCCAAAAUCCCAAACACAGCAAAAAAUCCAUAACACUGCUUACCAUAGCUUAUGUUGUUCCAGAUGCUAUUAAAUUUAUAAGCGUGUGUCCCAUUAGGAAUAGAAUCCGCUAUUUUGUAAAUGUGCUUAUAAUUAAAAACCUCCAAACUUUUCCCAGUUGUGAAAUAAAACACAAACUCGUUAGAAAGCCAAUCAAGCGUUUCAUUGACAAUCAUCUGUGUGAUUUGUAUGUUAAGUUGAAAAAAAUCGCUCGUAACCCAAAAUGUUCGUAUGGUAAACGGUUCGUAACUCAAGGGUCUACUGUACAUCCAAAACUUGGCGAGAGUUCUCACACUAACCAAGCGCAAUGCUCACAUCACACCUGUCCUACACACACUGCACUGGCUACCAGUUAUAUACAAAAUCCUUCUGCUUACAUAUAAAGCUUUAAAUGGACUUGCCCCUUAUUUACCUCAGUGAGCUACUCCCCCUGUACUCCAAGAUUUCCAAGAUUUAAACUGUCCACUGUAGGUGGCAGAUCUUUCAGUGCUGCUGCUCCAAAACUCUGGAGUUCUUUGCCGAAAUCUCUCCAUGGCUAUUCUACUCUCUCUUCUUUCAAAACUAAUCUAAAAAACUUUCCUCUUUAACUCUUACUACUC